UAUUAUUACUAUAUUAUUGUUUUAAUAUUAUUAUUAUUCAACAGAAUAAAAACAGACAUCGAAACACAAAAUUGCUUCGGUGCUAUCUAUGGUCCCUUCGUACCCAAGCUAAUUUCCCCCUCUUCAAAUUUCUCCAAAAUCACGUUAUUCAGGGAUAGUAAACUGAUGGCAACUGCAACCAUGGCUACUGCAGCAGGUGCAGCUGCCCUUCUGUACUACACAUUGAAUAGGAAAUUGCAGACUGACGAUGCCAUCGAUGAAGAUGGUGAAGAAAAUGGCAGUGAUACGCCCACUGACACGCCCACUGAUACGCCAUUAGGUGGUGAUCGUGUUUCUCAUCGGUUAAUCCAAGCCCCUGCUACAUGGUUGGAGACAAUUUCAACAUUGUCGGAGACUCUCAGGUUCACUUAUUCAGAGACACUUGGGAAAUGGCCCAUUGGGGAUUUGGCGUUUGGUAUCAGCUUUCUUCUAAAGAGACAGGGGAACUGUCAAAUUGACAGUGUUUUUUGUGGUAACGACAGUGUACAGCUGAAAGGAUCUGAGAUUACUGCUGAACUCAAGUAUUUCUUAAACUUGUUGACACUGUGUUGGCAUUUUUCGAAGAAACCCUUUCCCUUGUUUCUAGAAGAAACUGGCUACACAGAACAAAAUGUUCUCCUUAGGGAAGCCAAAGCAGGAAUUUUGAAACCAGCUUUUACAAUAAUAGCUGAUCAUGACAUGAGAUGCCUUUUGUUAUUGAUUCGUGGCACACAUAGUAUCAAGGAUACUCUCACAGCUGUUACAGGAAAUGUUGUACCAUUUCAUCACACUGUUGUUCAUCAGGGGGGUGUCAGUGAUUUGGUUUUAGGUUAUGCACAUUGUGGAAUGGUUGCUGCUGCUCGAUGGAUUGCAAAGCUUGCAACUCCUUGUCUCCUUGAAGCACUUGGCCACUACCCUAACUAUAAAGUUAAGAUUGUAGGGCACUCUUUGGGUGGAGGCACUGCAGCAAUUCUAACUUAUGUUUUGAGAGAGAGAAAGGAACUGUCUGUCGCCACAUGUGUUACAUUUGCUCCAGCUGCUUGUAUGACAUGGGAGUUGGCAGAGUCUGGCGAUAGUUUUAUUACAUCUAUUAUAAAUGGAGCUGAUCUGGUGCCUACAUUCUCAGCUGCUUCUGUAGAUGACUUGCGUUCUGAGGUGACUGCAUCAGCAUGGAUAAAUGACUUGAGGAAUCAAAUUGAACAAACAAGAAUACUCAGUACUGUCUAUCGUUCUGCUUCAGCUUUAGGUUCUCGCCUGCCAUCGAUUGCCACUGCUAGAGCAAAAGUUGCUGGGGCUGGGGCCAUUUUGCAGCCAGUUUCUAAUGGCACCCAGGUUGUGAUGAAGAGAGCUAAGAGUAUGGCUCAGGCAGCAUGGACACGUCCAAAUCUCAAUUUAUCCUCUUGGUCAUGCAUGGGACCUCGUCGCAGAGUCUUGAGUGGUCAUUCAAACUCCAAAGAUGGGGGAAGUUCCCCUACAUCUUCUACCUCUAGCAUUGUUGAAAGUUCUGAACCGCUUCUUGGUUCUCCCACAAAGGCGAUUAAUGCAAAGAACAUGAACCUUCCUGUAUCUUCAUCUAUAGAAGAGUGGUCUUCUGAGAUUGAAUGUGGCAAUGGAAGCAAUCCUGAUGCUGAGGUGGAUGUUGAUCACGAUGACAUUGAGAACAUGAUGGACCAUGACAGAUACGAGGAUCAGAUGAGUGAAGUGGAGUUGUGGCAACAACUGGAGCAUGAGCUAUAUGAUGGACCUGAAGGCGAGGAGACUGAUGUUGUAAAGGAGAUAAGGGAAGAGGAAGCAGCCAUAGCAGAGGAAGUAGGGCAAACCCAGAGCUCUGCACCAGAAAUAAAAGAAGUCCACAGAUUUUUCCCUCCAGGAAAGAUAAUGCACAUUGUUACACUCCACUCUGACAUCGCCGAGCAUGAAAAUGAUGGUAGCCCCACCUCUGUAAGUUCAGAUAAUAGCCAGCUAAGUGAGGCUAAGAUUGGGAUUUUUCUAACUUCAAGGUCUCUAUAUAGUAAACUUAGACUUUCACAGAGAAUGAUCAGUGAUCACUUCAUGCCAGUUUAUAGAAGGCAAAUUGAGAGGCUAAUAAAAGAACUUGAGGAAGAAUCUAUUGAGGAUCACAAUACACAAGAGGUAGUGUUAUAGUCAAAGACACUUAAAAAAGUUUGAUUUGUUUGUACCAUACUGCGUGUCAUUGGGUGUUUUUUGUCCCAUUGAUCUCGGAACAAGUCUCAUAGGAACUGCAGUUUUUGUGUUAUGCUGCAAUAAGGUACCCAAACGAAGGUGAUUACGGCCACCUAAUUACUGAUGCUACACUCUGAUGAUCAAAUGGAACCAACUCAUUACUGGAUACUUUUAACAUUGAUGUUUUGCCGGGGAAAUGUAAUUGUAAAUGGUUCCCCAAAUCCAAGAUGUAUGUAAAUAAUAAUGUGGCAAACUGACCAGUAAAAGGUUAAAGUGAUUCGUGGUAAUUCGAAUGAAAUGAUUUGCUGUCUUUGUGAAUUGAA